UCCUCUUGCUCCAACAUGGCUGAUCAGAACGAACGCGCCUUCCAAAAGCAGUUCGGUGUUAACCUAAACCGUAAGGUGAAACCCGGCAUCACCAAAAAGAAGGUGCUCCGCCGUUACCGUGAUGUUGGUCUGGGUUUCAAAACCCCACGUGAGGCCAUCGAUGGCACUUACAUUGACAAGAAGUGCCCAUGGACCGGAGAUGUGAGAAUCCGUGGCCGCAUUCUGACCGGCGUUGUCCGCAAAACUAAGAUGCAGCGCACCAUUGUCAUUCGUCGUGAUUAUCUGCACUUUGUGCGCAAAUACAGUCGCUUCGAGAAGCGUCACCGCAACAUGAGCGUCCACUGCUCGCCCGCCUUCAGAGAUGUUGAGCACGGCGAUAUCGUCACCAUUGGCGAGUGCCGUCCCCUCUCAAAGACCGUGCGUUUCAAUGUUUUGAAAGUAAGCAAGGGUCAGGGCGCCAAGAAGAGCUUCAGGAAGUUUUAAGUGAGGACAACCACAGCGGAAGAAAACAAUAUCUGUAGCAUUAUUCUUUUUGAAUAAAAAAAAAACAAAAACAUGUAAAUUUAA